ACAAGCGGGCAACAAAUAAAGAUCCACACUAUGGCUCGACGUAUUGCUGUGAUUGGAGGAGGAAGCGCGGGACUGACCAGCAUAAAGUGCUGCUUGGAUGAGGGUCUGGAUCCGAUAUGUUUUGAGAGCAGCGAUGACAUUGGAGGUCUCUGGAUGUUUAGGGAGAAACCAGAGCCUAAACGUUCCGGCUUGUACCGCUCACUGGCCAUAAAUACCUCAAAAGAAAUGACGUGCUUUAGUGAUUUCCCAAUGCCAGGACAUUACCCGAACUACUUUGACCACUCCAUGAUGCUGAACUAUUUACGGCUAUAUGCUGAGCACUUUGACCUGCUCAAGUACAUUAACUUCCAGACAACAGUGGGUAGUGUGAAACAAAGGCAUGACACUGGUCAGUGGGAGGUGCUGACUGAAAAGAGAGAUGGACACAAAGAAACACAUGUAUUUGAUGGGGUGCUUGUGUGUUCGGGGAGCUCCAUACACCCUUUCACACCCCGCUCAGCAUUUCCUGGAAUAGACACAUUUCCAGGUAAGUGCUGUCACAGUUGGGAAUAUAAGGAUUCACAUUCAUUCCAUGGGAAGAGAGUUGUGGUUAUUGGCAGUGGCAACUCUGCUGGAGACAUUGCUGUGGAGAUCAGCAGAGUUGCAGAAAAAACUUUUCUGAGCAUGCGUGAUGGAGCAUGGGUUGUGAGCCGUGUGUCUACCUGUGGCCUGCCUUUGGAUAUGAACCUAACUAAACGUCUGAACAGCAUACUGAUGCAAGUACUUCCCGAUGCACUGCUAAACUGGGCAGUGGAGGGAGUCUACAAUGAGAAAUAUGACCACAAGCUAUAUGGACUGCAGCCCAGUUAUAGGAUACUUAAACAGAGAGGAAUGAUUAAUGAUGAACUACCAGCACGCAUCUUACAGGGGGCAGUGCAGGUGAAACCAAACGUGAGAGAGUUCCGAGGCUCAACCGUAGUAUUUGAUAAUGGUGCUGUCGAAGAUGGGAUAGAUGCAGUUAUCUUCUGUACAGGAUACAAGCCAGGCUUCCCAUUCUUACUCUACGCAAAGGAGAUGGAUCAUGUUGGGGAAAUGAGUCUCUACAAGAAAGUCUUCCCUCUGGUCUUAGAGCGCCCCACACUGGCCGUCAUAGGGCUAAUCAGUGGCCCUGGAGCUAUGAUGCCUAUGAUGGAGAUGCAGGCACGAUGGGCCACUCGAGUCUUUGCAGGUUUAAACCAACUUCCUCCUGUACCAAUAAGGCAGAAGAUCUAUGAGAAAGACCAGAAGACAAAUAUGAAAAGAUUCUUUUGCUCAAGGAACACUUCUUUCGAUGUAGAUUUCAUCCCAUACAUGGAUUCCAUUGCGCGGGAAAUCGGUGUGCGUCCCAACCUCUUGUGGCUGUUCCUGACUGAUCCUAGUUUGGGUGGGAGAGUUCUGUUCGGUCCCUUCACGGCGUAUCAGUUUCGGCUGUGUGGGCCGGGUCAGUGGCCCGGGGCUCGUCAGGCCAUCCUCACCCAGUGGGAGCGCGUAUACCAGCCACUUAAGACACGCUCCAUUCCUGAGGACAAAACAACAGGAAUACUCUCCUGGCUGGGUAUGGCAGGAGGGGUGGUCUUGAUUUUUGCUCUCUUUAUAUUGCCGGAGAGAUAUAAACCAUUCUUCAGUAUCUGA